AUGUUAUUUGAAGUGAGCAGGAGCAGCAGCAGCAGGAGCAGCGGCGGCGGCGGCGGCGGCAGCAAGAGCAGGAGCAGCAGCAGCAGGAGCGGCGGCAGGAGCGGUAGUAGUGGUAGUGGCGGUAGUGGCGGUAGUGGCGGCGGUAGUGGUGGCGGUAGUGGUAGUGGUGGUGGUGGUCGUAGUAGUAGUAGCAGGAGCAGCAGCAGCAGUAGGAGCAGCAGCAGCAGCAGCAACAGGAGCAGCAGCAGCAGCAGCAGUAGUAAGAGUAGUAGUAGCAGCAGUAGCAGUAGUAAGAGGAGUAGUAGUAGUAGUAGUAGUAUAAGAGUAGUGUGGAGUGGUGGUGGUGGUAGUGGUAGUGGUGGUGGUGGUAGUGGUAGUGGUAGUGGUAGUAGUGGUAGUGGUAGUGGUAGUCGUGGUAGUGGUAGUGGUAGUCGUGGUAGUAGUAGUGGUAGUAGUAGUAGUGGUAGUGGUAGUGGUAGUGGUAGUGGUAGUGGUAGUGGUAGUGGUAGUAGUAGUAGUGGUAGUGGUGGUAGUGGUAGUGGUAGUAGUAGUAGUGGUAGUCGUGGUAGUGGUAGUGGUAGUGGUAGUAGUAGUAGUGGUAGUCGUAGUAGUAGUAGUAGUGGUGCUAUGAGAUUAAGCUUGGAGUAG